AUGGUUGUCAAGAAACGACUUCACAUCGCACACGAUUUGAACGCCCUCAAGCAGGAAGUCGCAAAAUUCAAGAGCGAGUCCUUGAAGAAUCAGAACGUGAGGAUGCUGCAGCGAGCGAUGCCCACGAUCUUACAGAAAGCGAACAAGGAGUUCGAAAGUGGAGAUGAAGAAAGUGCUUUCGUGUUGUAUAUGAGGUUUGCCGACGUGGGGGAAACCCUGCAAAAGAAGGAGCUAAUAGGAAACAGUGAGAGAAACUCAUUUCUAGAAGAUCUGAAAAAAGCAGUUACCCGAUGCGAGCAACUGAGCAUAUCGCUGAGAGAACGUUAUGAGCAGGCCCGACUUGAAAAGGAACUCUCCAGUUGUCCCACACCGCCGGAUUCGGUGCUCGAUGAACCCAUCGUCGAACAGAAACCUGCCGAGCCCGUGAAAGACCACCGGGAGCUACUUGCACCGAUCAAACCAUCAGAGUCGCCGAUGACACCACUCGUGAACGAGAUUUCCAGUAUGGACUCCGUGAUCUCGGACACUCAGAAUCAGAAAGGACCAUUCUUCGUCACCACCAAGGAUCUUAGAGAGCUCCUCCUGAAACGGCAGGCUCUCGUGCUCGACGUGAGGUCUCCAGAAGCUUUUGCAGACUCGCACAUUAGUAUUUCACCAGACAUAAUCAACAUCCCGAAAGUUUAUCCCGGAGUCACUGCAUUUACGCUCGGAGGGGCGUUGUCGCCGCAGGCGAGCGAGCUGUUUAACAGAAGGAAAAACUUCCAGAAGGUGGUCAUCAUCGACUGGGAUGGUCAGGAUCCCACGGCGCCAUACUCGAAGCCAUAUUGUGUUUCCGAAGCGUUGAAGAAAUGGGUUUCCUCUGACGAUGCCAUCACAUGUGUGCACUUGAAAUCCGGAUACAAAAUGUGGACGACAGCAUUCCCUCACGACACGACGAACCCAAAGCCCGAUCUAGAACUGAACACACGCGAAAACAGUGAGAACUCCACAAAACGUCUUGGUCAAGCAGGAGAUGUCCGCGGACUCAGCUGGUCGCCGGAGAGCUUCGAACGGAAGGUGGAUGUCGUGCCGAGCCCAACACUUGCGCCCAUCGUCACCCCUCGCAUCAGCGUGGUCCCGCAGGUACCUCUGAAACCCACUUUCGUCGGGAAUGACACAGCUGCUCCGGCUGGGCAGAAGAGUUCCCCGGUGCCAGCGAAGGAGCCCGAGUCGCGGCUCGCAGGACCGGUGCCGAGACCGGCGGCGGCGACCACACCUUCGGCACACGUCUCCGAUAAGAGCGACUGCAGCGAAAUCUCUAAAAUCGACAAAACCUCCCAAGACACGAUCAAGCAAUUUACCAAAGCCGUAAAUGAGAAAAUAUCGGUGCAGAAGCCUCGAACAUUCUCGGAGGCCGAAGGCGAACGAUCGGACUACAGAUAUCCGAAGACUACGCUCAUGAGGUCCCGGUCGAUGGGUGAUAUCUACGAGGAAUCCACAACUCACAGAGACAGCUUCAGCCGCGGUCUUGAGGACAAUGUCGAGGCGAAGAGGCCGUCGUUUGACAGGAGUUUAAAGCCCACGCAAAGCCUCGAAGCUGCGACGGUCCAUCAGCCAGUUGACGUCCUCCAAGGUGUAAAUAAUAAUCGAAACAAUCACAUCAGUAGCAGGGGUCGCGAAGAUAAUAUCAGCAAGUCUUCAGGUAUCAGUGUCGCUCCUACGAGGAUCGAGAAAGUCAAGCCGCUGAUACCGCCAAAGAACAGAAGGAGUCAAUCGCCUGUGCAGGCGUAUAUCUAUGGCGCAAUCGACCGAACAGCGGGACUGCGGAACUUGAGGAAUACUUGCUAUCUCAAUUCGGUGGUUCAAGCUCUGGCCCAUUCUACCGAAUUUGCGCAAUCUUUCGUCAGGAGGGAGCAUCCUGCGCUCAGACACGACCAGAAGCAGGGAAGUCUGGCGAGCCUCUUCGCGCGACUGCUCUCACAGCUCUGGUCGCAGACUGACACCCGGGAGAGUUUGACGCUCUUCCGUGAACAGGUAGGAACACGCUGUCCGAUGUACCGUUCGUCGGAUCAGCAGGACAGCCACGAAUUCCUCAUGAGCCUUUUGACGGUGCUACACGAGGAUCUGAACGAAGCUCCGAAGAACAACUCCCAGAGUUCUGCCGAUGACCCGGACCUCGUGGUAACCUUCGAGAUGCUUCCAACUAAAUUGAACGAGUUCUUCAUUGCUCAUCGAGAGAGCCAGCGCUCGAUCGUGACAAACAACUUUGAAGGCGUUCUGCUAUCGGGUCUGAAGUGCCUAACCUGUGAAAAAGACUCCUACACGUUUCAGGUCUUCACUGUGCUCUCUGUUCCUGUACCUUCCUCCUGGCCACAGCUGGAUCUCCAGGCUUGUUUCGAUCAGUUUUUCAAAGAAGAAACUGUGGAGGAGUGGCACUGUCCCCACUGUAAGAAGAAGCGAAGCGCAACAAAGCAGAUGAAAAUCGCUCGGCUGCCCAAACACCUGAUAAUUCAUUUGAUUCGCUUCAAGAACGAGCCGUGGAUUUCAUCGCUAGCAUCAAUUAGGAAAGUCAAUAACAAAGUCCACUUCACUGAGGAUUUAGAUACCCGAGAUUUUGCUCAGUACGUCUACAGUAAGAAUGUGCAAUUGAAGAGUUACACCCUCUAUGGGAUUGUGAAGCACCACGGCACACUGUCGAAUGGCCACUAUAUAGCUGAGUGCCGGUUUCUCGGUAAGCAGGCGCAACCGUGGUAUUCGUACAACGAUCAGGAAGUCACCCCUCUGCGGAAUACGAUAGACGUAGACAACGCCUAUAUGCUCUUCUAUUCCUGCGUGAAAAACAGUUGA